GAGUUAGAAAUUAGGAGUUUUAUAAUCUAAAAAAAAUGUACAGUUUGGGUGAAAUGGAAAAGGUAAGGGUUUAAAGUCGAAAGAAGAUUAGAUUUAAAUUUGGAAAAAAAAAUGAAGAAUGGUUGGUGAAUCAAAUCUGACGGUGGGAUUGCAGUAUUUGAAAUAGGAAGGAGGUCUUCUUCUUCUUCUUCUUCUUAUUAUUAUUGUUGUUUACUGCUACAGGCUACAGCAUACAUAUAAACAGACACACAUCCCACACAUCUCUUCAUAUUAUCAAUCUAACUUUCCUUAUUCUCAUCGGCGCAAUCCCAAACAAAUCUUCGGAUGCAAAUCUGUUUCCGCAAUCAGCCGUUUUUACUUUCUAAUUUGAUUUUUCCCUUUGAGAAUUGAAGGAAAGAGAUCCAGUAAAGCAGAGGCAGAAGAAAUGGAGAGCGAGGGGAAGAAGUCGGCGGUUUCCAAUGUAGGCGCGUGGGGCAUGAACGUCGUCAGUUCCGUCGGCAUUAUUAUGGCCAAUAAACAGCUCAUGUCUUCUUCUGGCUAUGCUUUCGGCUUUGCAACGACCUUAACUGGUUUCCACUUCGCGGUGACGGCCCUGGUGGGGUUAGUGUCGAAUGCAACGGGAUUAUCUGUAUCAAAGCAUGUCCCUAUGUGGGAGCUUUUCUGGUUUUCAAUUGUUGCCAAUAUGUCCAUCACCGGCAUGAACUUCAGCCUCAUGCUUAAUUCCGUCGGUUUCUAUCAGAUUUCUAAACUGAGCAUGAUCCCUGUGGUCUGCAUCAUGGAAUGGAUCCUUCACAAUAAACAUUACUCUAAGGAAGUCAAGUUAUCAGUUUUCGUUGUCGUUAUUGGUGUUGGUGUUUGCACCGUCACUGAUGUCAAGGUUAAUGCCAAAGGUUUCAUUUGUGCCUGUUUAGCUGUUAUCUCCACUUCUUUGCAGCAAAUUACUAUAGGUUCCUUGCAGAAAAAGUACUCAAUUGGGUCAUUUGAAUUACUGAGUAAGACGGCUCCAAUUCAAGCCAUGUCUCUGCUUGUUCUGGGUCCAUUUGUUGAUUACUACUUGAAUGGGAAUUUGAUCACCACCUAUAAGAUGUCAAGCGGUGCACUUUUAUUUAUUAUUCUUUCAUGUUCGUUAGCUGUGUUCUGUAAUAUGAGUCAGUACCUGUGUAUUGGAAGAUUCUCAGCAACUUCGUUCCAGGUGUUAGGGCACAUGAAAACAGUUUGUGUUCUGACGCUGGGGUGGCUGCUGUUCGACUCGGAAUUGACAAUGAAGAACAUAAUGGGAAUGGUGAUCGCUGUAGGCGGAAUGGUGGUUUACAGCUGGGCUGUAGAGGCUGAAAAGAGUGCCAAGGCCAUUUCUUACACCAAGAACAGUCUGACUGAAGAGGAAAUCAGACUUCUCAAAGAGGGAGUGGAAAGCAAUCCGAUAAAGGAUGUUGAACUGGCUGACUCCAAAUGAUCAAACAGAGAAUUUUUUAGAAAUGUGUCCUAUUUAUUAAAUUAUUGGUUGCUUCCGUAAACGAUUAAUUUUAUUUGUAUGUGCAAAAGAGAUGACCAAAUGGAAUUGAUAAUGAUAGCUGGUUAGUAAGCAAUUAGACUUGUUAUUAUUCUUUGCAAUUAAAGAUUUUCUUCUUCUUUC